AUGGAAGAGGCCGUUGCCGCUUUGCGACAAAAUGGUAUGCUCGAGUACCAGGCAAACUGUGUAUCAGAUGGGUUACGUGGAUUAAGUAUUCAGAUAGAGCAAUUGCCAGAGUGUGCUAGAAGGGCUGAACAUCUCAAGUACUCCAUCUUAAACGUACCAGAUCUAGCCGAACUGUUGAAAGCUAACCCCCUGAAUGUCUUGGACUUGAAAUGGUUUGUGAAAGACCUUGAAGCUCACGUAAAUACUUGGAAACCUCUUCUCGAUACAGCCAGUCUUAGAAUCAACUUCAUUGCGAUAAUCAUGGCGAUCAUUGGCAGCACCGUUAAGCAAGUUGAGAUUCCAAGCUUCGAUUAUAAGGUUCCACGCUAUCUCAUGUUUUAUGUGUAUUUUUCUUUGCUUUGGUGGUCUUUUAAAGACUCUUAUUUUGGUUCUUUCCUUGGAGGAGUCGUCCAUAGGCGUUUGUCUUCACUCAAGAAAUCCUUGUCCAACACAUUGGGAUCCGAAGCACACUGGAAUAGAAUUGGCUAUAAGACAUCCGUAUUCUGGGAAUUUUGCAGGAGAAAUUUCCCAGGGUUUCCCACUUGUGGUAUUCUUGUCUUUGCUUGGUACAUCAUUUUAGUGUGCUGGGCCUUUGCCAUGCUGAUGUUCGUGUUGGUGAAGGGAAGGUUUACUGACCAGUCCACCGUGAAUACGACUUUAGAAGGUGGAUACAUCUCAGUUGAAGCAAGUGAAGAAAGAGAUACUUGCAGCAAUUCUCCCUUGUUGACUCAGGAUCCGACAGACACCGUUUUGGAAAAGGAAGACGUGCUCCAAAUCUCUCCCACCGAGUCAGAAAGUGACACCAAUGGCGAAUAA